AUGCAUUUCUCAGCUUGUAGCAUGUUUGCUACCGUGGUAGUCGCUGCGGCUAUGCUGGUCCCUUCUGCUAUUGCCAACCCACUUUCUAUCGAGAAACGAGAUGGCUCCCUUAAGAAACGAGAUGGCUCCCUUAAGAAACGAGAUGGCUGCUAUGAUGCUAACGACAGUAUUGGCAACUAUUGCAGAUACUUUUCCAAAAAUGUUUGGAACAAAGCAGCCACAUUGUAUUGCACUUCCUUUGCUUAUGGAUUCACGGGGCCGAAGGGAAAAUCUCUCACGACAUACGUGAAGGGGAUGAUGGAGCCGGAGGCCAUCAAACCUUUUUUGGUAAGCUAUCCCUCAAUGUCCUUACAAUCCAAGCAUGGAAACAAGAACUAUGUGACCACUGCUCACCAUACGUAAAGGGAAUUGGCGUAUUGACUCGGAUGAUACCUAUGUUACGCAGGCGAAUUGCAAUGAUUGGAUGUCGAAGAUAUACACAAGCUGUGGAGGACACGGCGGCUGGAUCAACACAACUCAGGUUGCAGCACUACAACCUAGGAUCAACAACUCAUAUGCCAGAAAGCUACUCUCCGAACAUCAGCUGUAGAGAACCCAGCUGAAAUCUCAGCUG